UCAGACCAGCAAAAGACAGUAACUACAGUAUAUUGUCACCUGUUUGGGAAGGUAUCUUCAUACAGAGUAAUCUGAAUUGCUCAACCUCAUUCCUAACACCUUACUAAUGACUUGGACUGUCAACUAGCAUUCUAUUUUUCAAUACAAAAUGGACCGUUCUGGGACAAUUGCUUUUUAUCUGUAGGCGAAUAGGCCUAGCAAUGACUUUUCCAUUAUCAGUGUAUCUCAACAGUUUCACACUGUGAUUAUGUACAUUUUGUCAGUUAUCAUGAGGUUUUUGGUGACACACUUCCGUGUUCUUGACUGACAUGUUUUUCUUACCACCUGUCACAGCCUCAUCAUGUGGGCUCUAUGUAUAAGAGUGACAGAUCUAAACCUGAUGCACUACCUUGUCAGGGAACAUUGCUACAAGGGUGAACCUAAAACAUGUGUUAUCUUUAUAAACAAGAACGGUCACAUUCUUAAACACCUACUACUAGGGAGUCUUAAUAAGUCAGUCAACUAAGUUACAACGAGUAUCAGUUGCCUCCAUUUCAGAUGAUUUUGUACUCGACUAGAACACAGGGUGUCACAGUUUGUAUGUUUUGGUUAGAUCUGAACGUUAGUAAUGGACAGUUCCAACGAUUUCAGUUCGACCACCCAUUCUGAAGACUAGUGAAAAGCUACAGUCAUGAUGAGGAGCACUGCACUGUUCCGUCUCCUGUCCGUCUCAGGACUGUGUUACCUGACUCUGAGUAUCUCCCCUCCUCAGUAUCACUAUAUUAGCCUUCAAAUGAAUUAUUGCCAAGCCCAGACUUACUGUAGAGACAUUUACACUGACUUGGCAACCAUCUACAAUUCAGGGGAUCUGGAUAGACUUGUACAAUUGGUACCGAAUGGUACAGCCAGUGUCUGGAUAGGACUGGAGUUUGGAGAUGAAUUUGAGUGGCACUGGUCAUUACCAGAUCAGAGAAAGAUUGAGUUUUUCAACUGGAGGGCAGCAGAGCCGAAGCAAAACAAUACUCAAGACAGCUGUGCUGCAAUGGAUCCAAACGGACAGUGGUUUGAGGAUAACUGCCAAAUCAAAAGAGGUUUUGUUUGCUUUGAUGGGAAAAACGCUAGUAACAGUCACAUCUUCAUUGAUGACAGCAAGACUUGGAGAGAGGCUCAAGACCACUGCCGGGGUACGUACACAGACCUGGCCAGCAUACGGUCCAGAGAGGAAAACCAUCACGUCCAGAACAUGUCACUGUCCCAGAGCAUGUGGAUUGGUCUCUUCAAAGACCCAUGGAAGUGGUCAGAUGGGAGCAACUCCUCAUACCGCUUCUGGAAGACCAAUCAGCCUGACAACUUCAGAGGGGCCCAGAACUGUACUUCUGUUAUACUCAACGAUAACAAGUGGAAUGACCAGUGGUGCAACAUCAGUUGGGGGUUUGUCUGCCAUGGUGAAAUGAAGCGACCGACUACCCAGAUGCCACCUACAACCACACAUACUGGGCCACAAACAACUCCUCCCGCAGCUACUGUGCUUGCCACUGCUGAACAGUCAACUACAGAUGAAGUAACACCUAAGCUAACAACUACCCAUUUUGUGCAGAUCCAACAUAUUCUUUUAGAUCUUUUACCAACCUCUGACCAAGCGACUACUGUAGGCUUACCUGUUCAAAACACUCCAUCUACACCAGUACCAACUACAUUCACUACCACAGACCAAGGUUCAAUUGAACAGUUAUCUACAAAACACCUAACUACCAAACAUGGUACUACUGUUAAAAAACCAACUACAUUCAAUAUCACAGUAAAUGUUACUAAACAGUUAACUACUGAACGCCUAACGUCUGACCAAGCGACUAUUGUACCUGUUCAAAGCAAUAUCUCUAUGCCUGUACCAACUUCAUUGAUUUCCACAGAACAUGUUUCAACUGAACAGUUAGCUAAUGAACACCUAACCUCUGACCCAGCAACUACUGUACCUGUUCAAAGCAAUAUCUCAAUGCCUGUACCAACUACAUUAACUAGAGAGCAAGCAACUACUGGUUACAUACCUACAAGCGCUACUUUCAAUACCACAGUGCAUGUUUCUACUGACCACACAAGCUCUGAUCAAGCAAUUACUGAACCUGUUCAAAACACUCCUACAUCUGUACCAGCUAUAUUCACUACCACAGACCAAGUGACUACUAGUUACAUACCUACAAGUGCCUCGACUGCACCUGUCCAAAAUAAUCCCUCAUCGUCUGUACAAACUACAUUCAACACCACAGAACAUGUUUCAACUGAACAGUUAACUACUGAACAUCUAACCUCUGACCCACUGACUACUGUACCUGUUCAAAACACCCCCUCAACACCAGUACCAACCACAUUCAACACAACAGAACAUGCUUCAACUGAACAGUUAACUACUGAACACCUAACCUCUGACCCACUGACUACUGUACCUGUUCAAAACACCCCCUCAACACCAGUACCAACCACAUUCAACACAACAGAACAUGCUUCAACUGAACAGUUAACUACUGAACACCUAACCUCUGACCCACUGACUACUGUACCUGUUCAAAACACCCCCUCAACACCUCUACCAACUACAUUCACUACCACAGAACAUACUUCACCAGAACAGUUAACUACUGAACACCUAACCUCUGACCCACUGACUACUGUACCUGUUAAAAAACCAACUACAUCCAAUACCACAGUGCGUAUUUCUACUGAAGAGGCAACUCCUGAACGCUCAACCGCUAACCAAGCCACUACUGCUUACUUACCUGAAACAACUGUUGGAAACACUCCCUCAACACCAGUACCAACUACGUUCAAUACCACAGUGCAUGUUUCUACUGAACACCUAACCUCUGACCCAGUGACUACUGUACCUGUUCAAGACAGGACCUCAACGUCUGUACCAACUACAUCCAAUACCACAGUGCGUGUUUCUACUGAAGAGGCAACUCCUGAACGCUCAACCGCUAACCAAGCCACUACUGCUUACUUACCUGAAACAACUGUUGGAAACACUCCCUCAACACCAGUACCAACUACGUUCAAUACCACAGUGCAUGUUUCUACUGAACACCUAACCUCUGACCCACUGACUACUGUACUUGUUCAAUGCAUUAUCUCAUCGUCUGCACCAACUAACAUAGAACAUGCUUCAACUGAAAUGUUAACUACUGGUUACUCAACUAGAGAGGAAGCAACUACUGGUUACUUACCUACAAGUGCUUCUGCUUCAAACGUCCAAAACAGUCCCUCAACACCAGUACCAACCACAUUCAAUACCACAGAACAUGCUUCAACUGAACAGUUAACUACUGAACACCUAACCUCUGACCCACUGACUACGGUACCUGUUCAAAACACCCCCUCAACACCAGUACCAACUACAUCCAAUACCACAGUGCGUGUUUCUACUGAACACCUAACCUCUGACCCACUGACUACUGUACCUGUUCAAAACACGACCUCAACGCCUGUACCAACUACAUCCAAUACCACAGUGCGUGUUUCUACUGAAGAGGCAACUCCUGAACGCUCAACAGCUAACCAAGCCACUACUGCUUACUUACCUGAAACAACUGGACCUGUUGGAAACACUCCCUCAACACCAGUACCAACUGCGUUCAAUACCACAGUGCAUGUUUCUACUGAACACCUAACCUCUGACUCACUGACUACUGUACCUGUUCAAAGCAUUAUCUCAUCGUCUGCACCAACUACCACAGAACAUGUUUCAACUGAAAUGUUAACUACUGGAUACUCAACUAGAGAGGAAGCAACUACUGGUUACUUACCUACAAGUGCUUCUGCUUCAAACGUCCAAAACAGUCCCUCAACACCAGUACCAACCCCAUUCAAUACCACAGAACAUGCUUCAACUGAACAGUUAACUACUGAACACCUAACCUCUGACCCACUGACUACUGUACCUGUUCAAAACAACCCCUCAACACCUGUACCAACUACAUUCAACACCACAGAACAUGCUUCAACUGAACAGUUAACUACUGAACACCUAACCUCUGACCCACUGACUACUGUACCUGUUCAAAAACCAACUACAUUCAAUAUCACAGUAAAUGUUACUAAACAGUUGACUAGUGAACGCCUAACGUCUGACCAAGCGACUAUUGUACCUGUUCAAAGCAAUAUCUCUAUAUCUGUACCAGCUUCAUUGAUUUCCACAGAACAUGUUUCAUCUGAACAGUUAGCUAAUGAACACCUAACCUCUGACCCAGCAACUACUGUACCUGUUCAAAGCAAUAUCUCAAUGCCUGUACCAACUACAUUAACUAGAGAGCAAGCAACUACUGGUUACAUACCUACAAGCGCUACUUUCAUUACCACAGUGCAUGGUUCUACUGAACACACAAGCUCUGAUCAAGCAAUUACUGAACCUGUUCAAAACACUCCUACAUCUGUACCAGUAAUAUUCACUACCACAGACCAAGUGACUACUAGUUACAUACCUACAAGUGCUAUGACUGCACCUGUCCAAAAUACUUCCUCAUCGUCUGUACAAACUACAUUCACUACCACAGAACAUACUUCACCAGAACAGUUAACUACUGAACACCUAACCUCUGACCCACUGACUACUGUACCUGUUCAAAACACCCCCUCAACACCUGUACCAACUACAUUCAACACCACAGAACAUGCUUCAACUGAACAGUUAACUACUGAACUCCUAACCUCUGACCCACUGACUACUGUACCUGUUAAAAAACCAACUACAUCCAAUACCACAGUGCGUGUUUCUACUGAAGAGGCAACUCCUGAACGCUCAACCGCUAACCAAGCCACUACUGCUUACUUACCUGCAACAACUGUUGGAAACACUCCCUCAACACCAGUACCAACUACGUUCAAUACCACAGUGCAUGUUUCUACUGAACACCUAACCUCUGACCCACUGACUACUGUACCUGUUCAAAACACCCCCUCAACACCUCUACCAACUACAUUCACUACCACAGAACAUACUUCACCAGAACAGUUAACUACUGAACACCUAACCUCUGACCCACUGACUACUGUACCUGUUCAAAACCGUCCCUCAACACCAGUACAAACUACAUUCAACACAACAGAACAUGCUUCAACUGAACAGUUAACUACUGAACACCUAACCUCUGACCCACUGACUACUGUACCUGUUAAAAAACCAACUACAUCCAAUACCACAGUGCGUGUUUCUACUGAAGAGGCAACUCCUGAACGCUCAACCGCUAACCAAGCCACUACUGCUUACUUACCUGAAACAACUGUUGGAAACACUCCCUCAACACCAGUACCAACUACGUUCAAUACCACAGUGCAUGUUUCUACUGAACACCUAACCUCUGACUCGCUGACUACUGUACCUGUUCAAAGCAUUAUCUCAUCGUCUGCACCAACUACCACAGAACAUGCUUCAACUGAAAUGUUAACUACUGAACACGUAACCUCUGACCCACUGACUACUGUACCUGUUCAAAGCAUUAUCUCAUCGUCUGCACCAACUACCACAGAACAUGCUUCAACUGAAAUGUUAACUACUGGAUACUCAACUAGAGAGGCAGCAACUACUGGUUACUUACCUACAAGUGCUUCUGCUUCAAACGUCCAAAACAGUCCCUCAACACCAGUACCAACCCCAUUCAAUACCACAGAACAUGCUUCAACUGAACAGUUAACUACUGAACACCUAACCUCUGACCCACUGACUACUGUACCUGUUCAAAACCGUCCCUCAACACCAGUACAAACUACAUUCAACACAACAGAACAUGCUUCAACUGAACAGUUAACUACUGAACACCUAACCUCUGACCCACUGACUACUGUACCUGUUAAAAAACCAACUACAUCCAAUACCACAGUGCGUGUUUCUACUGAAGAGGCAACUCCUGAACGCUCAACAGCUAACCAAGCCACUACUGCUUACUUACCUGAAACAACUGUUGGAAACACUCCCUCAACACCAGUACCAACUACGUUCAAUACCACAGUGCAUGUUUCUACUGAACACCUAACCUCUGACUCGCUGACUACUGUACCUGUUCAAAGCAUUAUCUCAUCGUCUGCACCAACUACCACAGAACAUGCUUCAACUGAAAUGUUAACUACUGAACACCUAACCUCUGACUCACUGACUACUGUACCUGUUCAAAGCAUUAUCUCAUCGUCUGCACCAACUACCACAGAACAUGCUUCAACUGAAAUGUUAACUACUGAACACGUAACCUCUGACCCACUGACUACUGUACCUGUACAAAGCAUUAUCUCAUCGUCUGCACCAACUACCACAGAACAUGUUUCAACUGAAAUGUUAACUACUGAACACGUAACCUCUGACCCACUGACUGCUGUACCUGUUCAAAGCAUUAUCUCAUUGUCUGCACCAACUAACACAGAACAUGCUUCAACUGAAAUGUUAACUACUGGAUACUCAACUAGAGAGGAAGCAACUACUGGUUACUUACCUACAAGUGCUUCUGCUUCAAACGUCCAAAACAGUCCCUCAACACCAGUACCAACCCCAUUCAAUACCACAGAACAUGCUUCAACUGAACAGUUAACUACUGAACACCUAACCUCUGACCCACUGACUACUGUACCUGUUCAAAAACCAACUACAUUCAAUAUCACAGUAAAUGUUACUAAACAGUUGACUACUGAACGCCUAACGUCUGACCAAGCGACUAUUGUACCUGUUCAAAGCAAUAUCUCUAUAUCUGUACCAACUUCAUUGAUUUCCACAGAACAUGUUUCAACUGAACAGUUAGCUAAUGAACACCUAACCUCUGACCCAGCAACUACUGUACCUGUUCAAAGCAAUAUCUCAAUGCCUGUACCAACUACAUUAACUAGAGAGCAAGCAACUACUGGUUACAUACCUACAAGCGCUACUUUCAAUACCACAGUGCAUGUUUCUACUGAACACACAAGCUCUGAUCAAGCAAUUACUGAACCUGUUCAAAACACUCCUACAUCUGUACCAGCUAUAUUCACUACCACAGACCAAGUGACUACUAGUUACAUACCUACAAGUGCCUCGACUGCACCUGUCCAAAAUACUCCCUCAUCGUCUGUACAAACUACAUUCAAUACCACAGAACAUGUUUCAACUGAACAGUUAACUACUGAACAUCUAACCUCUGACCCACUGACUACUGUACCUGUUCAAAACACCCCCUCAACACCAGUACCAACCACAUUCAACACAACAGAACAUGCUUCAACUGAAAUGUUAACUACUGGAUACUCAACUAGAGAGGAAGCAACUACUGGUUACUUACCUAUAAGUGCUUCUGCUUCAAACGUCCAAAACAGUCCCUCAACACCAGUACCAACCACAUUCAACACAACAGAACAUGCUUCACCAGAACAGUUAACUACUGAACACCUAACCUCUGACCCACUGACUACUGUACCUGUUCAAAACAAUCCCUCAACACCAGUACCAACCACAUUCAACACAACAGAACAUGCUUCAACUGAACAGUUAACUACUGAACACCUAACCUCUGACCCACUGACUACUGUACCUGUUCAAAACACCCCCUCAACACCAGUACCAACUACAUUAAUUUCCACAGAACAUGCUUCAACUGAACAGUUAACUACUGAACACCUAACCUCUGACCCACUGACUACUGAACCUGUUCAAAAACCAACUACAUUCAAUAUCACAGUAAAUGUUACUAAACAGUUGACUACUGAACGCCUAACGUCUGACCAAGCGACUAUUGUACCUGUUCAAAGCAAUAUCUCUAUAUCUGUACCAACUUCAUUGAUUUCCACAGAACAUGUUUCAACUGAACAGUUAGCUAAUGAACACCUAACCUCUGACCCAGCAACUACUGUACCUGUUCAAAGCAAUAUCUCAAUGCCUGUACCAACUACAUUAACUAGAGAGCAAGCAACUACUGGUUACAUACCUACAAGCGCUACUUUCAAUACCACAGUGCGUAUUUCUACUGAAGAGGCAACUCCUGAACGCUCAACAGCUAACCAAGCCACUACUGCUUACUUACCUGAAACAACUGUACCUGUUGGAAACACUCCCUCAACACCAGUACCAACUGCGUUCAAUACCACAGUGCAUGUUUCUACUGAACACCUGACCUCUGACCCACUGACUACUGUUCCUGUUCAAAACAGUCCCCCAACGUCUAUACCAACUACAUUCAAUAGAACAGUUUCAACUGAACAGUUAACUACUGAACACCUAAAUACAGAAAGUGCACCUACUGUACCUUUUCAAAGCAUUAUCUCAUCGUCUGUACCAACUACCACAGUACAUGCUUCAACUGAAAUGUUAACUACUGAACACUCAACUACAGAGAAAGUGACUACUGAUUUCUCACCUACAAGAGCUUCUAAUGCUAAUGUCCAAAACAUUUCCUCCACGUCUUUACCAAGUACAUUCAAUACCACUGUGCAUGUUUCAACUGAAGAGGCGACUACUAAACACCUUACUACUGAGAAUGUAAAACAUCAAUCAACAACUGAGACUGCAGACACAGAAAUGCAACACAGCAUUACACAAGUGACUACUGAACAUACUUCUGCCCUACAUAUAACCACAGUGGCUGAGACUGCCCCAUACAGUACUACAGGGCCUGUCAGUCUCUCCACUGUUAUGCCAAAUGAAAACAGUCAAGGUUUAAGUCCAGACAACCUGAUAUUGAUCCAUGAGAACAUGACGUGGAACGAGGCCCUGAGCUACUGCAGAGAGCACCACGUUGACCUGGUCUCGAUCACUACAGAGCUGCUUCAGUACUGGGUGACAGAGAGGGCUGCCGACGCCACCUCAUCCCACGUCUGGGUGGGCCUGCGCUUCACCUGUUCAUUCCACUUCUGGUUCUGGAUCAGGUCUGAUGCAGGCUGCUACCAGAACUGGGCCCCCGGGCACGGCUCAGACAGCCAGCAGGACUGUGGGAUUGCAGGGGCUGUACAGACCACCGGGAGGCAGCAAUGGGUUAGUCUGGAGGAGAACCAGAGGCUCAACUUCAUCUGCUACAAAUGUUCUGGGGACAGUGGUGAGGGGUUGAUACAUCCCUGAUUCGGACAACUUUUGUAUUAUGUAUGUUUCUUGUGCAACGUGAAAAAUGUACACUACCGUUCAAAAGUUUGGGGUCACUUAGAAAUGUCCUUGUUUUUGAAAGAAAAGCACAUUUUAUGUCCAUAAAAUAACAUCAAGUUGAUCAGGAACAUAGUGUAGAUAUUGUUAAUGUUGUAAAUGACUAUUGUAGCUGGAAAUGGCAGAUUUUUUAUGUAAUAUCUACAUAGGCGUACAGAGGCCCAUUA